AUGAGAACGAUUUCCUUUGUACUUGCUAUACUUGUAUGCAUACCAAUUGCCAGUUCUCUGGACCUCAGCACCUACGAGAGGGAGUUGUGGCAAGAUCGAUUAAAUCCAUCCAAGUUUGAAGAGAUCUUCAGCCAAAACAAGACCGAUGAAUUCAUCAAUGGCCUCAGAACUGUUGGCGAAAAGACGAAGCAGACUUUGAAGAAGGCUGCUGUCUUCGGGAAACAAUUGUCAUCUGAAUCAAAGCCCAACUUCAACAACUUCUUUGGAUAUAUCAUCAAGUUCAACAAGGAGUACAACGAUGAGUUGAAGGAGCGUUUCGAGAAGUUUUCUAAUUCCCUGAAGAAAAUUGAGGCCGAUCAAAAAGAUAAUCCAGAAGCAGAAUUCGGGCCAACGCAAUUCUCGGAUUUAUCGCCGGAAGAAUUCAUCAAGGUCUAUACUGGAGUCCAAGGGGAAGAUCAUGUCAAACAGCUUCAUGGAGUAGAAGAAGGGAGCGAUGGAGAAGGUAGGUAAUCUACACAAGCAUACAGUUUCUUUUAGAACUCAUCUUCCGUUCCAAAAGAUCCAUCCCGGCCAAUUUUAGCUGGGUUGCCAAGAACAAAGUGACUGGUAUCAGAGACCAAGGCCGAUGUGGAUGUUGUUACGCCUUUGCCGCUGUGGGUGCUGUCGAAAGUCAAUAUGCCAUCAAGACCGGGAAGCUGGUCGAUUUGAGUGAGCAACAAGUAAUCUCUUGCACUUAUGGAAACACCACUCUUCAUGGAAGUGGAGGCGGCGGCUGCAGUGCAGGAAGCGCUCCAAGCAUUCUACAGUACAUUGAGGACAAUGGAGUCUGCGCUGAAGCCGAUUUUAAAUAUGUUUCGGGAACCGAUUUAUCGAUCCCCGCUUGUGUUAGCGAACCGGCCGUUACAAAGAUCACAAAAUUCAAGAGAAUUCCAGAAAACAGCGAGAUUGCCUUGGAGAUCUACCUCCACUUUGUUGGGCCUGUCGUUACUUGUAAGUUUUGUUCUCUACAGUUCGAUAAUUACAUCCAUUGUCUCAUUUGAUUGCGUUAAAACUCUUCAGAUGUUGAUGCCACCCCACUCCAACACUACAAAAGUGGCAUUCUCAACGCCAAGGAGCCUUCUGGCGGCUGGACCAUCAACCACGCCAUUGUCACUGUUGGCUGGGGUACCUCAAACAAUGUUUCGUACUGGCUGAUCAAGAACCAGUGGGGGUCAAGCUGGGGAGAACAGGGGUAUUUCCGCGUCAAAAAAGGUGUGAAUCAACUCAACUUGGCUCAAUACAACUGGGUCCCUUACAAAUAA